AUGGUACGUUUGAGGCUCGGCAAAGAGGCCAGAGUGGUUGGAGUCUCUGGAGGUGCCGGGAAGGGGCCACUCUACCAGGAGGCCCCUGAGGUGCCCCCACAUGUCCAACUCGUGGACAUGACCAUCCCCAACCUGCCACCCUCCUGUGCAGAGCCCAAAGGUGCCAUCUACUCAGCCACAGGGCCUUUGCACAUGCUGCCCUCCGUGCCUGUCAUGAUCUUCUCCCACCCCAAGCUCUUUGUCCGGUUGCGUUUGGUGGAGAUCAGGGCAGUCGCUCUGCGGACCGUGGCCAUCAAGGGCGUGCACAGCGUCCGGUACCUCUGCAUGGGAGCUGACGGCAGGAUGCAGGGGCUGCCUCAGUACUCAGAGGAAGACUGUGCCUUCGAGGAGGAGAUCCGCCCCGAUGGCUACAACGUGUACCAGUCCAAGAAGCACCGCCUCCCUGUGUCCCUGAGCACUGCCAAGCAGAGGCAGCUGUACAAGGGCAGGGGCUUUCUGCCCCUGUCCCACUUUUUACCCAUGCUGCCGCUGACCCCAGUGGAGCCCGGGGACCUCACGGACCACUUGGAAUCCGACAUGUUCUCUUCGCCUCUGGAAACUGACAGCAUGGACCCAUUUGGGAUUGCCACCAAACUUGGGCUGGUGAAGAGUCCGAGCUUUCAGAAGUGA